AUGCCGAAACAGACGCCCUCACGAGGCCCCAGAAGAUCAGCACCAUACCCUUCGUCGAAACCGAAAACAGGGACAUCGGCAACCUCAAAAGAAAUGAAUCCUCUUCGUACCUCUGCACCCGCAGCUCCUCAUACUCUCAACCCAUGGCACGCACCUAGCUCACAACCCCGCCAUAUCCCACCCCAUAUCGCGACCUAUCCAAGUCGAUUAUCAGGGGCCGAGCGUUCAUCCACUGCUUUACCUACCAGUCCAAUGACCCCUAGCAACACUUCGGGUCCCUGGUCACCUCGAGACGACGAGAUUCUUCUCGCAGCACGGGCGCAAACUCAAGGUUGGAAUCAGAUCCAAAAGGAACAUUUCCCUAGCAAGUCCUCCAACGCAUGUCGGAAACGUUACGAACGGUUGAUCGCAAAACGCCGGGGCUCGGAUUGGAACGACGAACGUAUCGAUCGGCUGGCGAAUCAAUAUAUGCAAAUGCGAGAACAAACUUGGCGUCCACUUGCCGACGCCGUUGGGGAGAACUGGGAAGACGUAGAGAAGCUUUGCCUUGAGCGAGGUGCAAGAACGCUUUUGCCCACGUUGGGCCAACACGAGUUACGUCGCGAGCUCCCGGAACGAGAAGGUCGAGGGGGCAGUCAUGAUAGUCAUGAUGAGGAGAGACUCAGCAUCCAUAAUCUGCUGCAAUGA